CAGAAAAGAAAAUUUUAUUAAAUUAUUUUUAAAAAAAGAUUUAUUAAAAUUAAUUUUAAAAAUGUCAGUUAUAUUCAAUGCUUUUCUUAUAUUGUCUGCAUUGACUGUAGUCUUUGCCACAACUGAUCCACAGUUGGAAGCGUUGUCACAGAAGUUCCUUCAAUUACUAAACCCGAGUGGAGUCGAUAGUAAAUCGCAUGAAUUUCUUCUUCAAUUAGUUAACGGCCAUCAAUUAUCUGCCAAUUCUUCGGACUCAUUGAAAGUCAUUCUUUCAUUUGAAGGCACUCUCAAACUGAAUGCCGAAAGAAAUGGUCAAAAACUGGUGCUUUCGUCACAAUAUUUAGGCGGAGCCGCCGUUUAUGGCGGACAGAGAUAUACGGCAUUGAAUGGACCGCUCGAUAGGGACAACAAACCUGUCGAUCCCUUCCUUAAAAAUAUUUACGAUAAAAAUAUCAACACACAUAAACAUUUAAGAGAUGACGAAACAGGUGUAUUGAUAGCUCACGGUUCAGCUACCGGUGCUCAAGUAGUGGUUGACAAACAUAAACUCGAGUCCGGAGUUGUCGCUGGUUUUGUUGUCGGCUCUAAAACUAAAGUCAAUAAUUAAUUUGAUUUCUAAUUAUUUAUCUUAAUAAUCUUAUAUGCUUUAUAAUAAUUAUAUUUAAAUA